CGUGAUUCAUUGUUUAUUGGAAAGGGAGAAAGACUUCCACCGUCCACGCUCUCUAUUUCUCUGCAACUCAAUUUUUUCUUGUUUAUACUUUCAUGGCGACUUUAAAACAUUUAUCAAAAUCGCUUAAACAAUUCAGAAAUUUCUCAUCAGCAACAGCAAUAAAUAAGUCUGUGAUUAAAGAAGGUUAUAAACAGCAAUCCCUUGAUCAUAAUCUUCAGCUAUUUAAUCGAGGAGGAGAUGGAGAUAGUAAUCCGAAGGAUAGAAAUGUUCAUUGGGUAUUCUUAGGUUGUCCGGGUGUUGGUAAAGGUACUUAUGCUGGUCGUUUAUCAAAUCUACUUAACGUUCCUCAUAUAGCUACUGGUGAUCUUGUUAGGGAAGAACUUUCUUCUUCUGGUCCUCUUUCUAAACAGCUUUCAGAGAUUGUAAACCAAGGGAAAUUGUUAUCGGAUGACAUUAUUUUUCUCCUGUUGUCUAAACGACUUGAAACUGGAGAAGGUAAUGGUGAAUCAGGAUUCAUUCUCGAUGGUUUCCCACGAACCGUUAGACAAGCGGAAAUACUCGAGGGUGUGACAGACAUUGACAUGGUGAUUAACUUGAAGCUUCGAGAAGAUGUCAUACUCUCGAAAUGCCUUGGAAGAAGAAAAUGCAGCCAAUGUGGUGGGAACUACAAUCUUGCCACUAUUGAUAUCAAAGCGGAAAACGGAAGCCCUGGGAUGUACAUGGCUCCUCUUCUCCCACCAGCAGGUUGUGAGUCAAAGCUCAUAACUCGAUCUGAUGAUACAGAAGAAGUUGUGAAAGAGCGACUCCGUAUAUAUAACGAAAUGAGCCAGCCUGUGGAGGAGUUCUACCGCAGUAGAGGGAAGUUAUUAGAGUUCCAAUUACCGGGAGGAAUCCUAGAAUCCUGGCCUAAGCUAUUGCAUGCACUGAAUCUUGAGGAUCACGAUGAUAAGCAAUCUGCAGCUGCAUAAUGUAAUAUAUACUGUAGUUAGGGAAUUUAUUUCAAGGCGAGUCAUGUUUGAGAUGGAAACUACCCACUUAAUUUGGGAGGGUGAUUAUUGUCAGUAUGUGGAGAUGUUGAUUAUAAAAUGGAAGGUGGUGUAAUAUUGUUUGGAGCAACAAUCGUAAUGCCCUGUUAUUCAUGUGACUGGAGUUUUUAAACAAGCUCAGAAUGAUGUGAAUAAAAUCUCGUUUGAGACUGGACUCUUUAUUAAUA